AUGUUCAAUGAUGAAGAAAUUGAGCAAAAUGGAGAAAGACCUCAUCCCAAGUUGGGUCACUAUGAGAAGCUUUAUCGGAGACAAAUCCAAUACCAAAUGAGUGUUGCCAUUAAAGAUAAUUGUGGCCAAUCAGACACGAAUAUCGGCCUUCUAUGUUGUAGACUCACAUGUCAACUACAACAUGCUACUAGGCCAAGAUUAGAUCCAUCAAGCGAAUUACAUACCUUCCUCACCUUUUCAACUAUUGUUCUUUUGGGACGGCAAGAAGGUGCUGAGAUAUAUGAUGAUGAUGUUGGUUGGAUCACUUUGGCCAGACACGAUGCAAGCACCGAAAAUGUUUGUCAGGACUCGGUGCGCGAGAGUGACACCUCAACAAGGGAAGAAGGAGCAGCCACGAUCCUCUACAUGAUGGAGCGACUGCUUGAGCAUUGGGCCGAAGAAUCAUUACAACCGAACUCGGCCAUGAAUCUAAUCGAGUUUUUACAAGAAGCUGGAGAUGGCGAAGUUUUGAACAUUGAAGACCUCGAUCUGGCCCCAGUCGAGAUGGAGGAUAGUCAUCCCAAGGUUUAA